CGAUGCCACAAAAAAGGCUUCUUAGACUCCCACACGUAUUCGGGAAAAUCCUCGAGCUUCCUCUACAAUCAAACGCGGAUGUUUUAAUUCAAGAUAAGCUCGACUGCAUUCGUUUUGUCGCGAAAGUUGACAAGAACGUGUUUGAAGGAGAAGUUAAGGCGUACGCGAUUAAGAUUUAUCCGGGUGUGACUAAAGUUGUUGUUAGAGGUGGCGGAGACAAAAGAAAUGUGGAAUUGUUAUUGGAGAAAAUGGAAGAUGAUGUUUGGAGGUUUAGGUUAGCUGAGAGUACGAGGCCAGAGUUGGCUACUGCGGUUUUUGUUGGGAAAGAGCUUGUCGUGACGAUUCCAAAAGGCGGACGAGGUGGGACGGAGGUGUUUGAUGGUUUUUCGGUUGAUGAUGGGAUGGGUGUUCGGGGUGUUGGUAGGAGAGGGAAACGUGUGUUUAUGAAGGAGAAAUGAUGAUUAACCGAGUUUGGCAUAUCCGCGAAACCCGUGGCAUCUUAGUUUCAUGUAGUUAAUGAUCGUUUUAAUCUUAGAGUUUGGUUA